GUGUGGGGGUGAGAGAGAGCUGCUCUUGCCCGUGGGUAUUUAUUUUUUUAAAGGCACUUCCCAGGGCCUGGACCAUGACCACUGUGUCCACUUUUAUCUCUGUGGAAAAUCUCUGACGGGAGAUCUUCAUCUCCUUCAUGCGGCUCUUUAGCGCCCCUCGGAGAGAAAGCCCGUAAUCGCAGAUGCGUCUCCAGGGGAGGGGACGCCAUGCAUCCACUUUAAAAGGCAGGGCACCGACAGAUUUGGCACAGGGUAUCCGUCGUGACAGCGGACGCCUUACAUCGCCCCAGAUACCCAGAAAGGUGCAGAUCAUAUGCCUCAGUGGGACUGAUCGUCGCUGCCAAUGUCAAUACAGACAUACUGUGUGUAGGCUAUGGGCUAAUAAUAGACCCCCCCCACCUCCUCCUUCCCUGUCCCAGCUCAGCAUCACUCGAGGAGGGGGCACGGCUUGUUUAUGUUUGUGGGAGAGGGGAGAGAGCGAGAGAACUGGUGAUGGUUGAGGCUGAUGAUCUAAUAAGGCUUAAAAUCAUUCCUCGUUGCAUUUACUGUGAGGCAGCACCAUUCCUUACCCAUCUUUCAAGUGAGCGUCAUUCAAUUAAAAUUCAAUUCUCGUCGCCCCCCCCAUCCACGGAUAUUUAAUUAGACUGGAGAGCAGGGCUUCCACUGUAUUUAUUUCUUCUUCGGAUUUCACCUCUAAGGCAUAUUUUCACUCUGUAACUCGUUGGUUAAACAAGGGCAUGUAUCCAUUUGUUAAUUGAUACAAUUACGCAUCACGCGUAAUGGUCACGUAGGUCUCCUGGCGCGCAUCAAUCACUGGUCUAUUGACCUGCCAAACGCCCCUCCCCAUCUAAACGCUCCUGCCAGGACUGCCCCUCUCUCUAAUGAGGAAAGAUAGAAAAAACAUCAUCGUCAUUAACUUCGGGAUGGACCUCUGGCCAGAGUGCCAGAGGCAAGCGGGGGUCGACGUUCAAAAUAUAAGAGGUGCACCUGCUUUAAUUGCAAUAUAUUGUACUUAAGAGAAAUGAUCAUAAACGAAAAUCUUUAUUCACUUAAAGUACUUAAGAGACUUUUAGAGUUUUCAUGUGCGAUUCCUAUUUGCCUGGGUGGACAUUUAAAAAAAGAAAAGACAUUGUGAUCGUGAGAUAUGUUUGUGAUAACGAGUUUUUAUUUAUUCUAUUUAUGUAUUCAGCAACACAAAGGAUUUCCAAUAAUUAUCUGUGUCUUGGCAAAUCGGUGAAAUGAUUCCGUUACAAACGCCGGACAAGACUGUGUGUGUGUGUGUGUGUGUGUGCAGUGCACCUUAAGAAAGCCCCGUGUUGUUGGACGUGAUUGGCAAAGACAUUAUUCUAUCCUUGGUACCCUGCCGUUCCGGGAUUACAGUGACGUCACGCUGAUACCCUCGCAUGGAUGAAUGCUAAAGAACUAUGGAGCCACAAAUAAUAGCACAAGCAGAGUCCAUAUCUUGCAAGUCUUACGUUAUCCCUUAAGCCUCCUUCAGCUAACACAACAACAAUUUUUUUCUUUUUUUUUUGCACUUAAUGACGCUUAAUUUCAUUUCUUAUCGCGUCCUUAGGGGGGGAUUAUUCAUUCAUAUAAAACAAUCUGCAGCUGGUGCCAGCCCAAAAUCUCCCUCCUGUGAGUGAAGUCAUCUAUUAUUGAGCGAAAGGCCGUGUGUGGAAAUGUGUGUAAGACGGUGGAUUUGAAGUAGAAUUGGUUGCAAUCGAUCAAGGGGUGAAGAAUAUUGCUGAUGGGAACAAAAGAAGCAGCAAUGUCUUUCUCGCAAUUUGGAUAUCCCUACAAUGCAACUUCCCAGUUUUUCGUGUCGGCAAACCCCAGUACGACUUGCUGCGAUUCGAUUUCCAGGUCGGUGUCUGACGGGACAGGCGGCUCCCAGACCGCCGCCGCCUCCUUCUGCUGCCCGUCCUACGAGAACCGGCUCCUGGCGAGCAGCCGGACGGAGCUGAACGCUGCGCUGGGGAUGUACAGCUCGCCCUACGCCGCCGCCAGCCAGAACUACGCCAACUACUUCCCGUACAGCACCGACCCGACCUCCAUCUACUCCACUCUGAAUCCACAGUAUGACAUCAAGGACGGCACGGGCACUUUACACUCUGGCAUCAGUCAGACGGCUGCAUACUACCCGUAUGAUCAUUCACUGGGACAGUAUCAAUAUGACAGAUACGGGACAGUGGACUUUAAUGGCACAGCCAGAAGAAAGAACGCAACUCGAGAAACCACCAGCACUCUGAAGACAUGGCUGUAUGAGCACCGCAAGAACCCGUAUCCCACCAAGGGAGAAAAAAUCAUGCUGGCCAUCAUCACCAAAAUGACCCUCACGCAAGUGUCCACCUGGUUCGCCAACGCCAGGAGGCGGCUAAAGAAGGAGAACAAGAUGACCUGGUCACCAAAGAAUAAGGCCGGUGAUGACAGGAAGGAUGACCUCAAGAGCGACCAAGACUGUGUCACCAAAGAUUCUAGUGAUUGCAAGGAGGAAAAGGACCUGCACCUGAGUGAUCUGGAGGACAUGGACGGCGACGACUGUGACAAGCUGGACAGUGACAGUGAGAAAGUAGCAGCGGAUGAGCACGACAUCCAGAGGGUCAUGGCGGUAUCCGGAGGCCUCCAAAAAAGAGACUGCAGCUCCGAGCUGCAACUCAGUUUAACUAACAGCUUCCACACGUUCCCCUGUGCCGUUAAAAGCGUCGGCGCCCUCCCUCCUCUCCCCGCCGACUUCCUGGAUCCCGUUGCGUCCAAGGCUCCUUCCUUGACCGGCCCCGCAGCGGGAACCAUGUCCCUCUCCCACUUUGAAGCAACCGACAAGCCGCGGAUCUGGUCCCUGGCUCGUACGGCGGCCUCGGGGGUCUUACUGAGCCCCCAGCAGCACGGCUCCGACCCGAGGACAGGCAACUCGAUCGGGGACUGCCAGCUCCAGAGCACCAGGCUUACCGGGGCUCCGGCCGGACAGUGUGGGGGCAUGAGAGGCCUCCACGAAUCCAGCGGUGUCAGCAACACUGAGAGCCUCUUCUCUGAGGCUUCGUCCUUGCACUCCAAAGUCUACGGCACCGGCAGCUACAGUCACAAGGGCCUCCAACUGCACUGUUCAUCCUACGCUGCACUCGCAGACACAUGUCAAUACUCCAUCAUUGAAGGAUUCUCUGGCGGCAAGGCCGAGACACAGUCAUCAGACCUGAGCGAAGCCUGUGGGACCGUGCAGGAUGACAAGGUCACUGCAUUCAGGCCAGUGAUGAAGAGGUGAAGCAGAGUUCUGGAAACUGCACCACAAUAAAUAAUGGGACAUUUAUUAUGCACUAAAGGACACACUGGCCCCAGUAGGACGCAUGGGAGCUUAUACAGUACCUGGCGCCGCUGCAGUGAGGAGCUGUCAAACUGUGGACGUGGCCACCAUUUUUGCACAACGAUGUUUCUAUGGUGUUAAAGACUUUAUGCAAAAAGAAGAAGAAAAAAAAAAAAGAAUAAUUCUACAUGCAAAAAGGUACGACAAUGGCCGAAUUGAAAAGGGCCGAAUUUGUGUAUGGCAAUCGUGUAGUGUAGCAAACCUUUAUUUAUUUCUCUGGGUAUUUAUUCAUUUCGUCACGUCGUCUGUUCAUGUUGAUUAUUUAUCGUGUUUUAUGGGUUGGAUUCGUAUGUCCUUUCAAGUGUUUUUUGUUACAUGUUGCGUUCAUUUGUGGCGUCGUGUCAUUUCGCCCGAUGUAAAAGGAAGAAGGGUUUAAAGGACUGGAUCCCUGUCGCGCGUGGAGUGGAGCAUUUUCCUUUUUUUUGCCAUUGUGUUAAAAUGUGAGCUUCUCCUGUGUUUGCCAUCAAUGGCAUUUUUUUUUUUUCUUCUCUUUCUAACAAUACAACUUUGUCUUUUCUUUCCAAGAGCUCUUGGUUUUCCGUGUCACGGUUAUUGGGCCAACCGGCCAAUUAAAACAUUCGCGGAUGUGCACGUUGAUCAAAGUUUAUCAUCUCGGCUCGACGCGUAAAAAAAAGGCGCACGCAGCGCAGACGGAGCGGUCGCAAUUCAGCGGGAGGACGUGAGCGCAAUGCACAAGUUGCGGAAGAAAGGGGGACGCUGGCUCUCCAUUGUGGGCAUGUAAUCGGAAGUGGCAUCGAACACUUUGUUGCCGUGCGGGCCGAGCAGCGAGGCGGGGAUGUGGGAUGAAUGCAGCUUUGUCCCCCGUGCAGCGAGCCGCUGCGCUAACUUAACAUUGUGUUCAUUAAAAGGUCAUUUGUAGGAUCAGACCCGGCGCAGAUAUUCACAUGGUCCAUCAAAGUCCCUUUGAUUUGCCUGCUCUUGCCCGCGGUCCAUUUCAAACUUUCAAACUCUUUUCAUUUUCAAACUUUUUGCAAAAUCAAAUAGUUCCAUAACGACGAAGGGCUGCUGUGCCAAUCUCACUCCUGCCGGGAUAUUGAUUUCGACCAACUGGCGGCUGCUAAACAAGCCACAAAAAGAUUCAGUUUGACAACUCUGAAACGUGUUUUCACUUUGCAGAGCAAACGACACAGACAUCCCUCGGAUAGCUCGUCAGGCCUCAAUGC